GCAGAAGCACUCUCUCAGACCCGAAGCUGAGACAAAAAGCAAAACAGUGUUGUAAAGAGAGAAGAGAAGAAGAGAUGGGUGUGGAGAAGCAAGUCAUCAGACCCGGCACCGGUCCUAAACCCACUCCCGGUCAAACGGUUACCGUUCAUUGCACCGGAUUCGGGAAAGGUGGUGAUCUAUCCCAGAAGUUCUGGAGUACAAAGGAUGAGGGGCAGAAGCCUUUCUCGUUCCAAAUCGGUAAAGGUGCUGUGAUCAAAGGAUGGGAUGAAGGCGUUAUUGGAAUGCAGAUUGGAGAGGUUGCUCGCUUGCGGUGCACAUCGGAUUACGCGUACGGCGCUGGUGGAUUCCCGGCAUGGGGAAUCCAGCCAAACUCGGUUCUCGACUUUGAAAUCGAGGUACUGAGCGUGCAGUGAUGAUCUCCCCAGCUCCAAAAACUGUGGGAAGAUUAUUAAUCUCUAUACUUGAAUGUUAAAUUAAUCAAAGAGGUGACAACCCUUUUUAUCUUUAUUGCUUCUGUGAUCUUUGGUGAAACAAACUAUGUGAUGCCAUUGCUCUUUUUCUAAAACUCUUAAACAACGUUUGAUAUCAAUAAAAGACCCGAUCUUGUGUUUCAAGCGAA